GUGAGAGUGUAAACGCGUAAAACAUUUACACCAUACCAUACCAUACCCCAUUCCACGCCACUUUCCUCUUUAUCCAAUUUUCUUAGAUAACAUUUACAUUACACACACUCUUUCAAUUCUUCUACUUUCUUUCAUUCUCUCUUCAAUUCAAACUUUUCGGGUUUUGAUUUGUGUUGAUUUUCCAAUUCCCAAUGAGCGAUCACUUGGUAGUCAUCGUUGACCAACUCGACCACCCAGUUGUUCCUGUUGACCAACAACCUGCCCACCUUCCUUCCGAUCCUUCCCCAUCGCCAUCUCCUGCCACUGCCGAUGCCGGAUCAUCUGGAUCUGGCUCGGCAGUGGAUCGUGAUGGCGAUGAUUGCGGUGAUGAGGAGGAGCCUCUGAUCCAGAUGGUUGAGUGCCGUAUCUGUCAGGAGGAGGAUAGUGUUUCCAACUUGGAGACUCCCUGUGCCUGUAGCGGUAGUCUCAAGUAUGCUCACAGAAAGUGUGUCCAACAUUGGUGCAAUGAGAAAGGAGACAUCACUUGUGAGAUCUGUCAUCAGCCUUAUCAAUCUGGGUAUACUGCCCCACCACCUCGCCCUGUUCCUGAAGAAACCACUAUUGAAAUAGGAGGAGGCUGGACAUUAUCUGGCUCACCCUUGGACUUGCGUGAUCCUCGACUUUUAGCGAUUGCAGAGGCAGAACGUCAAUUCCUGGAUGCUGAAUAUGAUGAGUAUGCUGCUUCUAAUGCUAGUGGAGCUGCAUUUUGCCGCUCAGCUGCUCUAAUUUUGAUGGCCCUUCUACUUCUGCGGCAUGCACUCUCUGUAACUGAUGGUGAUUCUUCUGAUGAUGAUCCAUCCAAUUUUUUCUCUCUUUUCUUACUUCGAGCUGCUGGAUUUCUCUUACCUUGCUAUAUUAUGGCUUGGGCAAUCAGUAUUCUGCAACGCCGCCGACAAAGACAGGAGGCUGCAGCACUAGCAGCAACCCAAGUUGCUUUUGUUCUAAAUUCUGGGCAGCGUAGAGGUCUACACUUCGCCAUAGCACCAGGACCUCCAGGACCUACAGUACAGCAGGAACAAGUGUAGUAUGUAAAAGUUUUAUACGAGACACCAUGGCAUGUAUGCCAUAAGAAGAAGGCUUGUUGAGAUGCCAUCUAUUGUUAAUCUUGAUUUUCACAGCUCUAAAUACUUAUGUACAUAUAACAGCGGCGGUAAAUCUGCAUGUUUCCAUUACUAUCUAUUCAAUUUAUCGAUCUGUGAAUGUAUUCGAAUUUAUCCGCUUAUAUAACUAGUGAGUUAUAUGUAAAAUAAUGAUCAACGGUCUUCUCAUUUUCAUUCAAUUGAGGAUUAUUUUGAUAGCA